AUCAAGCUCACGAUUCGCUUAUACUAGUUCCAAUCCCAAGUUCCCAAUUCUUUUUGCCAAAACCUAAACCCAUUUCCUUGUAAGCUUCGAUCGAUCGCUGAAAAAUCUUCCAGUUCGAUCGUUAUGUUGCGGGAAGAAAUAGCCAGGGAGGCAAUAAAGCAUGCAUUAAAGGCUUUGCGAAAGCGGCAUUUGGUUGAAGAAGGCGCUCAUGCUCCGGCCUAUAUCGCUCUAUCGAAGCCUCUAGUUUCUCAGGGAUCAGAAUGGAAGGAAAAGGCCGAGAAUCUAGAACUGGAGCUUCAGCAAUGUUACAAAGCUCAAUCUCGUAUGUCAGAGCAACUUGUGGUGGAAGUAGCUGAGUCCAGAGCUUCAAAAGCCACACUUCAAGAAAAAGAAGUUGCAAUUGUUGAUGCACAGGAAAAGCUGAAUCAAACAAGGGAUGAGUGCUCUCAGUUGAAGGCAGACUUAGAGGAAAAGAUUAAAGCUCUGGAACUGGUUGUGAGCGAGAACAUAGAAAUUCGAGCGCAGCUAGAACAGUUGAGUAUUAAAGCUAAAAAUGCUGAGGCUGAAAAUAAGAUGCUAAUAGAUCGCUGGAUGCUUGAAAAAAUGAAGGAUGCUGAACGCCUUAAUGAGCUAAAUGCACUUUACGAAGAUUCAAUUGGUCGGCUAAGGGCCACCAGUUUAGAAAAACUUGCUCGGCAGCAGGUUGAUGGUGUGGUCCGCCAAAGUGAAGAAGGUGCAGAAUACUUUGUGGAGUCAUUUGUUCCCUCUACAUGCAAAAACAAGAUCCACGCCCAUGAAGGUGGCUGUGCCUCCAUAUUGUUUGAGUACAAUUCUGGUCAAUUGAUUACUGGUGGACAGGACAGGUCAAUCAAAAUUUGGGAUACCAUUACUGGAUCAUUAAGUCGCACACUCUACGGUUGCCUUGGUUCUGUUCUUGAUCUUACUAUGACUCAUGAUAAUAAAUCAGUCAUUGCAGCUAGCAGCUCAAACAACUUGUAUGUCUGGGAUGUUAACUCAGGGAGGGUCCGCCAUACUCUCACAGGUCACACUGAUAAAGUGUGUGCAGUAGACGUGAGCAAAAUCUCAAGCCGCCACGUUGUGAGUGCAGCAUAUGAUCGAACCAUUAAACUUUGGGAUUUGCAGAAAGGCUACUGCGUCAACACAAUCAUAUUCCACAGCAACUGCAAUGCUCUAUGCUUCAGCACGGACGGACAAACCCUUUGCUCUGGUCAUGUUGAUGGAAAUCUUCGAUUAUGGAACGUUCAAACAGGAAAGCUACUAACUGAAGUGGCUGCACACUCACAAGCUAUUACAUCCAUCUCUCUAUCUCGAAAUGGUAACAUAGUAUUGACGAGUGGGAGAGACAAUAUGCAUAAUCUAUUCGACAUACGGUCUCUGGAAGUCUGCAAUACCCUAAGAGCCACAGGAAACCGAGUAGCUUCUAACUGGAGCAGAUCCUGCUUAAGUCCAGAUGACAACCAUGUUGCUGCGGGAUCUGCUGAUGGUUCUGUGUAUAUAUGGUCGAUAUCUAAAGCUGAUAUAGUGAGCACUCUGAAGGAGCACACUACCCCAGUCCUGUGCUGUUCAUGGAGUGGGCUUGGAAAACCUCUAGCUUCUGCAGACAAGAAUGGAUACGUUUGUACCUGGACGUGAAGGAUGAAUGUGAAUAUGAUAAAAUUAAAAAUAGGGGAGAUUCUGGUGGUGCUCAUUUUUCCAGAUUGGCCAGCUGAGCCUUUCUAUUCUUAUUUUUUUGUGGCCUCGUUCACAUGAUAUAUCUUCAUACACACAAUCGAAUACAUGUUAGGGGUAUGAUUCCAUGAUGUAAAUAUUUGAUUCAACUCAAAUUGUUCUUUGUGUACAUACUUUUUCUCAAACAAUUAUUAUUCAACAAUGAAUACGUUUCUUUUCCAAAA